GAGCGUUCAUAAGUUGGUCCCAUCCCAUCCUCUCUAUCCCCUUAUCCUGAAUUCCUUAUCAAUGCAAUCCUUUCGCUGCUUGCCAUGCCAGUCAGUAGCUAGCUAGCUAGCUCCAAGAACGAAGGAAAGGAAGCAGCAGGAGGAGUAUAUAGCGAGUGUGUCGCACGUGUGUGUCUCUGACUCUGUAUAUAUAGGCGUCGUCGCUUGCCCUUGCGUGCAGUGAGGGGAAGAUCGAAGCAGCAUCAGUACGUAAGAACUGAAUCGAAUCGAAUCGAAUCGAAGAUGAUGGAUGAGGAGCACGAGCAGCAGCAGCCGGUGCCGGUGCCGGUGGCGGCGGAAGCAGCGGUGGAGAAAGACAAUAAGAAGACGGCGAAGAGGAAUAAUAAGGUGUGCGUGUUCUGCGGGAGCAGCCCCGGGGUGGAGCGGGGCAUGGACCUAGUGUACGGCGGCGGCUGUGCAGCUCUGAUGGGUCUGGUGUCCCGCGCCGUCCACGACGGCGGAGGGCACGUGCUCGGCGUGGUGCCCAAGGCGGUGCUGCCGCUGGAGCUCAUCGGGGAGACGCCAGGGGAGCUCAAGCCGGUGGCCGGGAUGCACCAGCGCAAGGCCGACGCGCUCCCAGGUGGUUACGGCAUCCACACCAAGCCCGUGGGCCUCCUCAACGUCGACGGCUACUACGACCCGCUGCUCGCCUUCGUCGACAAGGCCGUCCAAGAAGGAUUCGUCACCCCCCUCGAACGCACAAUCAUCGUCCACGCCAACACCAACUCCUCGACAAGCUCCAGCUCCAGCUCCACGACCAACAUCAACGCCGACGCCGACGCCGACGCCUAGCUAUAUUCAUCCAUCCAUCACCAACCCAACAACUCCAACAUCCUCAUACAUACUCACGUGUAUACACCCAAAAAACUAUGUGUACCAGCAGCAUACACACGUUUAGUUAUUGCUUGCUUAAUAUUGGCUACUUCAUCGCUCCAGCAGCACCAGUCGUUGCGAGUCCCCCAACCCAUUGCUUUUUUGCUCUCCAACCCCAGCAUUGGAAUUAUGACAGCAAGUGCAAGGACAGGACCCCAUCAACUACAACUGCUGAUUCCUCGUAUACAUGAUCGAUUACAUGUAUAUUAUUAUGGUCUUGUUUACUUCA